AGCAAGCGACGGAAACUCGAAAACUAGCGCAUAGCCCGUGUGUUGUUCGUGUGUCCUGAGAGGUUGCAAUAGCUGGAAAGAAAAAAAGGUCGAUUUGAUUGGCAAAAUGUUGUCCAUCGGCAGGUUCCGGAACGGUUAAACGAGUGAAAACCGUAAAAUUGGCCGCAUCGUUUAUUUCUAUGUUUGUUUCUCUUCACUGCUUCCUGGUUGAAUGGUGCUGAAGUGUUUAUAGCGAACGAGGAAUAUCGACGAAGUGGUUCGGGACGAAUUGUUCUAAAAUUUAUUUGAUACAAAAAGUUAUCUUCUUUGCAUUAGUGUUUGCGUGCGAAAGAGAAAAGAGAAACAGCAAAAGUGAAGCAUAAACGAGUUGAUAACAAGCCGCAAAUUUCUGUGUGGUGAUAAUUUAUAAGAAAAAAUAACCGAAUGUAUAUCGACGACUGGCUGAGUGUGCAAAACAGAAAGAAGAUUUUGUUAAAAAAGUGCUUCCGCGCGCGUGUGUGUGUGUUUGUUUGAUGUUGUUCCAUCAAUAAAGACCGUAAGAAGGCAGGUUGAAAGCAUGCACACUCAUCAAUGUAUUCAUUAGCGAGACGAAGGCGACGAAAAAAGUGACAAAAGUACCAUAAAAUUAAGCUGGAAGUGAAGAAUUCUUUGCGCAACAUUACUAAAAGAUUAAAUCACGGUAGCGCAAGGGGGGCGUCGUGACACGAUCAAGCAAGAAACAAGUGUAGUUGAAAUUCCAUUGGAUCAGAUCGAAUUAGAAACAAGUGAAAUAGAGUGAACGAACGAGUGAAAAACGGGACGACGCCUGCAACGACGCAACUGUCCUGUUGUGUGGGUGGAAUAAGCACAUUUGGGAGGUUCAAUCGAUCAAUCAAAAACUUAAAUAAUAAACCGCAGACCACUGUUAAGCCGAGGCCAUACCCGGCCCACGUAAAGGAUCUCGAGCUAAGGAUCGCUAAGGGAAGGACGGUAUACCAACAUGGCGUACCAAAAGCCGACAGACAUCGACGGAUACGUCACGCAGAUGGCAAAAGCAGACAUGCGUGUGAAGGCCCAGCUGGCCGAGGAUCUGGUGCUGUAUCUGAGCGAUUCGGAAAAUUCAAUCGAAUGCACCGACCUCGGCCUGCUCAUCGAUGGGCUCAUUCCGUGGAUGACCGGAAGUCACCAUAAGAUCGCACAGCGCGCCCUGGAAGCUUUUACGGAGCUGAUCGUUCGUCUUGGACAAGACUUUAAUGCAUACACUUCGACCAUCCUGCCACACGUGAUUGACCGGCUCGGCGACAGUCGCGAUACGGUGCGAGAGAAGGCACAGCUCCUCCUGCACAAGCUGAUGGAAUGCCGAGUCGUAGCCCCACAGUCGCUGCUAGAUAAGCUGAGCGUUUGCUUUAAGCACAAGAAUGCCAAGGUGCGUGAAGAAUUUCUCCAGACGAUCGUUAGUACGCUGAACGAGUACGGCACACAGUCACUGUCGGUGAAGACGUACAUUCCACCGAUCGUGAGCCUGCUGGGGGAUCCAGCACCUACGGUGCGUGAUGCAGCAAUUCAGACGCUAGUCGAGAUAUAUAAGCAUGUCGGCGAAAAGUUGCGCUUGGAUCUGAAGAAGCGUGACGUACCGCCAACCAAAGCGGCCAUUCUCGAGCAGAAGUUUGAUGAGACACGGAACGAUGGGCUGUUGUUGCCGUCGGCACUACAGGCCGCCGUCGGCGGUGGACACGAUGAGCUGGACCGGGCCGCGGUCGUCGAGCGGCCAACGCGGUUGGUAAAGCGCACACCAUCGGCCACACCACGGAAGCCGCUUUUCGAAUCGCAGACGGCCGGCUCAGGCGAUCUGUCACUAGCAGCGGGUGCCGUGUCCCACGAGGUAUUUGAGGCUUCGUUCGAGAACGUGCCACAGCUGACGAUCUUCUCCCAGCGCGAUAUGGACGAGCACAUGAAGUCGAUCAACACACUCAUCGGGGACAAGAACGUGGAUUGGGAGAAACGUGUAGAUGCGUUGAAAAAAAUACGCUCACUGCUGUUGAUCAAUGUGCAGGGUUCGCCGGCAUUCUCGCAGCAACUGAAGGAUCUUUCGAUCGCCUUUCUCGACAUCCUAAAGGAGCUACGAUCGCAAGUAAUACGUGAGGCUUGCAUCACGCUGGCAUACAUGAGCAAAGUGUUGCGAAGCCGAUUGGAUCAGUUUGUCAUCUACAUUCUGCAAGAGCUGAUCAACUUAAUUCAAAAUUCGGCCAAAGUAAUCUCGUCGGCGGGCACGAUUGCAUUGAAAUAUGUGAUACGCUACACCCAUGCACCGAAGAUCAUUCCGAUCUUGACGCAGAAUCUCAUGCUCUCGAAAUCGAAAGAUAUCCGCAGUACACUGUGCGAGAUGCUCAGCUUGUUGUUUGAUGAGUGGCCAACCAAGGCGUUAGAAAAACAUAGCAGUCUGUUGCGCGAAGCCCUGCGCAAGGGAAUGGUGGAUGCGGACAAUGACGCCCGGCGAUACAGUCGAUGUGCAUUUUGGAGCUUUCGGCGCCAUUUUCCGGAUUUGGCAGACAACCUGUACGGUUCGUUGGACAUUUCGACGCAGCGUACGCUUGAGCGUGAGCGGGACAAUCUCGGAACAAACGGUACCAACUCAAUGAGUGUUAGUCUACGUGGCAGCAACAGUAGCUUGAAUUCUGUCUCUGGUGGGGUGAUAAAACGAAGACAAUCGUCCGGGUUGCGAAGUCCCGCAACCGCACAACCUCCAGUAAGCGCUACGAGCGUCAGUACGGAAAAUCUCACCACUGUCCCAGGAUCAUCCUCAUCGUCAUCAUCGGCCGGCUCCACGCGUCUGCAGCGGGCUCCUUCGCUACCCAGAACGUUCAAUCGCAACCGGAGUGGUAUUCCUGUUGCGACGACUGCCCGGGAUACGAAUCCUGCAAAUCAACAAGCGCAACAGCAACAGCCGCCAUUGGUUGUCCGAGCGGGAGCUGCUGGAGGCUUCAGAAGUGUGUCUGCCGUUGAUACUGCCGCUGCCCAGCGUGCCCGAGCCAGGGCUCAAUAUUCUACCUUGGCCCGGUUGAAAGUGACCUCCGGAACAGCGUCUCUACAGGGACAUUACGCGCAACAAGCACGUGCUAAAAAGACACCGUCAUCAGCAUCCGCCACCUCAUCCGCAAGCAACGCGACCACACCACAGCAACCUCCUACACCGGAACGCAAGAUUCGAUCAAGGGCCGGAGUGUCACAGUCACAACCCACAUCCAGAAGUACGUCUCCAUCGAGCAAGUUGCGUGACAUGUAUAGUGGCGUCACAUCACUAUAUCGACAAACGGGAACGGUGCCGAAAAAGACCCAAUCUGGCAUUCCGCGCUCAUUAGCAAACUCUAGAGAAACUAGCCCGACCAGAUCACAUACACAGUUCGGUUCAUUGCGUCGUCCCGCCUAUGGGACUGGUAGUCCUCGACGACCACCACUGAACCCCGGUCGACCAGUGUUGGCACAGAAAAUUCUCCAGCAAAGUCGCGAGGCCGAGAAUGCUCUUGCAGAUGCAUUAUCACCUGGUGAUGAGCAUGAUAUGCCAUGCGCAGACUUUGCUAGAUUAGCUCUCCAUCGUAAAAUUUCGCGCGAUGAAUCCGAUGAAAGUGAAGCGUCCUCCGUAUGCUCCGAGCGUAGCUACGAUAGCUAUCGAAGGGGUAACGAUUCGUUCUCGUGGAAUGGUUCGCGAACGCGGUUAGACAGUUCACGACAAGUGAUCGACGAUAUCGAUACGAUCAUCCAGUUUUGCGCCUCAUCGCACUGGUCCGAGCGCAAGGACGGAUUGAUCAAUUUGACGCAGUACCUCAGCGAAGGCAAGAUGCUGACGCAGCAGCAGCUACAGUGUGUGCUGGACCUGUUCCGCAAAAUGUUCAUGGAUCCACACAUCAAAGUGUACGCACUAUUUCUAGACACUGUAAAUGAGCUGAUUUUGUCGCAUUCGAACGAUUUGCACGACUGGCUGUUUAUACUUUUGACGCGUCUGUUCAACAAGCUCGGAACCGACCUGCUUGGCUCUAUGCAUGGCAAGAUCUGGAAAACGCUUCAAAUAAUCUAUGAGUAUUUCCCAUCUGAACUGCAGCUCCAAUGUGUCUUUCGAAUAUUAGUUGACAAUGCGCAAACGCCAAACGUGAAGACGCGACAGGCGACACUGAAAUUUCUUUCCCAGUUAGCUACAAGCUACUGCACGGCGUCUCAGUUUGUGGUCCAUCCGCAGAACCAGCAGGUGGUUAAUCAUGCGAUCCAGAAGAUCAUUCAGACGUCUCUCGAUCAGAAAAGUAUCGAACUAAAGUCGCAAGCGCGCAUGUGCAUGGUUGCACUAUACAAUUGCAAUCCUUCACAGAUGACAAUGACUUUAGCCAACCUGCCAAAACAGUAUCAAGACACGGCGAAAAUCUACAUUCAGCAGAAUAUGAGAAGAAGCACUUCAGGAAACGAUAGUCCAUCAUCUCCACUGUCGUCUUCGAGCCCCAAACCAUUGCUUAGUCCUCAGCAGGGGCCGUAUAGUUUACAGAACAUCGCUAGUCCUCGAUCACGUCAAGCGUCAGUGGAGACAGCUGCGGAAUCAAUGAACACGGAGGAGGUGUACAAGAAUCUGCGCAAAACUACGGCAGAAAUACAAAAUUAUAGCUUUGAGAGCAAGCUGGAUCGUGAUACAAACAGUAAGGAUUCCGGUAUCAGCCAGAUGGGCGAAACGCACAUGAUGCAAUCGAUGACCGUGCUGGACGGUGUCAGCCAUGGUGUGUAUGGAAUGGCAUCGAAUGGAAUGAACGGCCAUAUAGGAGUAGGCAUGGGAGGUUUGGAAAAGGAUGAUUCAUGUAAUGGGUCGAAGACACAGUCAGCAACAACCACUGAGUCCAACACACCGGAAAAUACGGUACGGCUGGAUAGCAUGGAUCUAGCCCACAAAACAAUAGCACAACAGCAGCAGAUGCUACAACAGCAGCGUCACCAAAGCUACAGCUGUACCGAAAACGGCGAGCUAGUACUGGACAAAGGUGUUAAAGAAAACGAUGUGAUUAAAGCUGCAAUUGUACUAACAUUACAAUCACUACCGGAAACCACGAAACAGGUGCUGGAAAAUUUGCAAAUUUGCAUCAAACAUGGUUCGUGUGAGCUGCCCAUAAAGAAUUUUAAAGCAAUUAUGAAAAUGCUUCUGCAUUUAAUGGAAUCGCAGAAUAACGAGGUGUUGAUAGCAUCACUGCACACUCUUGGACGUAUCGUACGAAGCACAGAUAUGAAGGCUUGCUGGAGUAAUUUUCUUGAGUUGAUUCUAUUAAAGAUAAUAGACUGUUAUAAAAUUAGCCAAGAGGUAUCAAGAGAAAUUGACAUAAUAGUGGUAAAAAUAGCGGGCGUACUUCCGCUGGACAUUUCUGUAAACAUACUUAAUCCCGUCAUUGCGACUGGUGAAUUUCCGGCAAAUCUUUGCGCGCUGAAAAUACUGACCGAGCUGACAAAGAAGCAGGGCAAGGAUCUGACAGACAAUCACCUAGAUUGUAUAAUGCCAAAUGUAGCUAGGCUCGCUUAUGAUAGUCAAUCGAUGGUACGGAAAGCGGCAGUGUUUUGUAUCGUGAAGCUCUACAUUGUAAUGGGGGAAGAGAAAGUGAAACCAAAAUUCUCCCUACUGAACGAGAGUAAGAUAAGAUUAUUAAAUGUGUACAUUGCAAAAUCGAUGGGCGGCGGUGGCAGUAGUAAUAGUAGUAAGGGCGGAUCGUCAACGACAGCAAUGUCAUGAUCCAAAAAUGCCAAGUGAUUAUUAUUCAAAGGACGCAAAUUUGCUAAAUUGCUCUGCAAAUUUCGUAGAAGCAUCUCCGUUAUUCAAGAGUAAAACUAUUUAUAAUCUUACCUACUACCUACCGCACCACACUGCAAUACUUUCCUAUAAGCUUUAACCCCAACUGUGACUUUCUUUCUCUCUCCCUCCCUAACCGUAACUUACAAUCAAAGCCGGUCGUUCAGAUCGGUAUGAUUUUUUGGGUUGCUACGGAAAACAAUGGGUGAAGAUGGAAUGGCAAGAGGAAUAAGUAGAAUGUCAUGAUAAGUGUUGUAUGUGUGUGUGUGCACGUGACAGAGUGUAUGUGCGUUGUGUAUUGUGAAAAUUUCAUCCCUAUCUUUAUCCGGUUGUGCUAUAGAUAAAGCGGACACUAUGCAAGCUGUGAGUUUAACAACCAGCAGUAUUCCUUCCUGAGCGAAUGUGUUUCUGUUUUUGUUUUACACGAUGAGCAUGGUAACAGGUCCUUAUUUUCAACACUUCUUUUAACGAAGCUAGUUUAACCACCUAAUCGAAGCACCAGCGAAUAGAUUACGAAAGCAACGUAAUAAGCAGUAUUCGUAUUUGAGUACUAAUAAAGAUUUGAUUGUAAAGAAUAAUAAUUUGCUCUGUUCGCACAAGCUGCUGCUGCGCGCCGUUUUAGCUAAAUUGACUAAUGUGGAGUGUAGAAGCUAGCCAAAGGGAAAAUUGGAUCGAAAAUUACAAUAUGUAUGAAGGGCACUUUGCUUAAUAAACGAUAUCAUGAAGACGCAAUGAUUGUGAAAAAGAUUGAUCUAACAGGAAACAAUUGUCUUUAACAUUAAAGGCUUUGCUAUGCAGCAUAUUGAAUGUGUGCUUGUUUGUUUCGGACACUCGAACACUAUGUUGCAUUAAAAGAGUAAUUGAAACAUAAUUGUAUAGACACUUGUAUGUGCUGUCGUUUAAACGUGUAUUUCAAGAUGAUCACAUGAAUUAUCACAUUUAAUGAAGGUCAUGUUCGACUAAUGGACAAAAUGUUUGUUUCUGGCUGAUUUGAACACUACAUGUGAGUGUAGGUAAUACACAUGGCUGACAACUGUUUUAUUUGAAACGAACACUUCGAUGGGUUUCUGCUAAUAACCAUCAACAUACUACAUAUAUGCUUCGGUUGAUCAAAUAGCGUGGCUUUCAAAUAGCAGACUUGGUCCCGAGAUAAAAUCUCGACCAGGUCAUGCAGCAUUAACACUAUCCUGCUAUAGUUACAUCGAUUCUCGCAUAACCAACAGAGCCAACAAGCAAAAAUCAAGUCAAAACCGAAACGGUUGUUUCACAAGAAGAAUACGCGGCAGCGAAAAGGGACGGUUCAAUUAAAGGUAUCCCGUUAACUUCACGAUUUGAUAUCAUUCCAGAUGCUUUAGGGAUGAUGUAAGCGCUUUUGAAGAAAAUUAAACAAUAAUUGAAUAUAGUAAAGCUUUCGUACUCUUGCACCGUUUUGUCUCGAAUCGGUCACUCGGGAUGUGGCAGCUUUUGAAAGCGAUUGGGAAAAAGGUACCUUCACAUCGCUAUAGCAGUAAACUUUAAAUCAAUGAGAAACGCCGCAAAAAAACGAAUAGAACAAAACAAGCUUAAGUAAGCAAGUAAAUAUAAUUACUUUCUAUUUUCUGAAAAGGCAAUGUGGAAAAGAGAAACAUUAAAAGAGAGAGAGAAAGACUACCUCUACUCGGGAUGUCUAGUCGCGUAAAAGUUAAGGGACAAACAGCAUAUAAUAGGUUCGCUCUUUGUUCACACGGCAAUAUUCGGUGGGAAUGUUCAAUGUAAAAAUGUAAGAAAUAAAACACAAACACAUACACUUAUACUAAACACUCAUACAG